CAAAUGCUUGUUCAGCCGGACCUGAGGGUCGUGAACUCAAGUUGCCUUUAGGAAUGGCUGCAAAAGCCCACACCUGGAAACUGUUUCCUCCCUGUCCCCUCCACGGCAGGUUGCGUUUGGAUUCUCCGGUCAUAGAGGAAUGAGCCGGGAGUGAGCAAUUCACCAGCUCACCAGCACUUGGUAGAGAGCAGCAGGCGAGGAUGGACGUGGUCGACAGCCUUCUUAUGAAUGGGAGCAACAUCACUGCCCCCUGCGAACUUGGACUUGACAAUGAGACGCUUUUCUGCUUGGAUCAGCCCCAUCCUUCCAAAGAGUGGCAGCCGGCAGUACAGAUUCUCCUGUACUCUUUGAUAUUUCUGCUCAGCGUGCUGGGAAACACGCUGGUCAUAGCUGUGCUGAUUCGGAACAAGAGGAUGAGGACGGUCACCAACAUCUUCCUGCUGUCUCUGGCCAUCAGCGACCUCAUGCUCUGCCUCUUCUGCAUGCCGUUCAACCUCAUCCCCAACCUGCUCAAGGAUUUCAUCUUUGGGAGCGCUGUUUGCAAGACCACCACCUACUUCAUGGGCACCUCCGUGAGUGUUUCCACCUUUAACCUGGUCGCCAUUUCUCUGGAGAGAUAUGGUGCCAUUUGCAAACCCUUACAGUCCCGGGUCUGGCAGACAAAAUCCCAUGCUCUGAAGGUGAUUGCUGCUACCUGGUGCCUCUCCUUCACCAUCAUGAGUCCCUACCCCAUCUACAGCAACUUGGUACCUUUUACCAAAAAUAACAACCAGACUGCAAAUAUGUGCCGCUUUCUGCUGCCCAAUGAUGUCAUGCAGCAGUCCUGGCACGCGUUCCUGUUGCUCAUCCUCUUCCUUGUUCCUGGAAUUGUGAUGGUGGUGGCAUAUGGAUUAAUCUCUUUGGAACUCUACCAAGGAAUAAAAUUUGAUGCUAGCCAGAAAAAAUCUGCUAAAGAGCGGAAAGCGAGCACGAGCAGCAGCGGCCGAUACGACAGCGAUGGGUGUUACGUGCAGAAGUCCAGGCGCCCGAGGGCGCUGGAGCUUCAGCAGCUGUCCACCCACAGCGGCGGCGGCGCCAGGGUCCCCCGCAUCAGGAGCAGCACCUCGGCCACCAACCUGAUGGCCAAGAAGCGGGUGAUCCGCAUGCUUAUCGUCAUCGUAGUCCUCUUCUUCCUGUGCUGGAUGCCCAUCUUCAGCGCCAACGCCUGGCGGGCGUUUGACACCGUCUCUGCCGAGCGCCACCUCUCAGGGACCCCCAUCUCCUUCAUCCUCCUGCUCUCCUACACCUCCUCCUGCGUCAAUCCCAUCAUCUACUGCUUCAUGAACAAACGCUUCCGACUUGGCUUCAUGGCCACCUUCCCCUGCUGCCCCAACCCUGGCGCCCCAGGGGUGAAAGGAGAGGUGGGUGAGGAGGAGGAAGGCAGGACCACGGGGGCGUCUCUGUUCAGGUACUCCUACAGCCACAUGAACACCUGUGCUCCGCCCCCCUGAGCUGGAGCCUGGCCCUCCACUGAGGCAGGGAGGAG